AUGCCCCACCGAGUCGCCAAUUUCCUGCGCAAUUCCACUGAGAACUUCAGUGUUUCUGCAAUUGCAAACCUCAAGACAAAGACCAUCCGCCACCAGUCAUCGACACAACAACACCACAGCACAACAAACGUGCAGGACCAGGGCUUGCUGCGCAGGCUACCGCUCGACCGCCACUCCUCCUACUCCUCCGAUGACGGCGAGCACAUCCCCUACAACAAGAUGUUCGCCGCAGAGCCCCCCGCCGUCGAGCACCUCAAGGAGAAGAAGCACCACCACCACCGCAUCUCGCUGCCGUUCGGCCGCUCCGCCAAGGACUCCCACGAGAACCCGCACGCAAAGCUGGACUGGAAGAUCGAGAGCCCGCCCAUCGUCUUCUUCGGCGAUGCCGAGUCCUCCACCGGCGCCCUCGUCUCGGGCCAGAUGUUCCUCGACGUCAAGGACGAGCACCUCGAGGUCGAGGCCUUCGAGGCCCGCCUCAACAUCCACGUCCACCACAAGCGCCCCUUCACCAACCACUGCAACGAGUGCCAGAACCAGUACACCGAGCUCAAGCGCUGGACCUUCCUCGCCCACCCCACGACGCUGAAGAAGGGCGUCCACCCCUUCCCCUUCUCCAUCCUGCUCGAGGGCCACCUCCCCGCCUCCAUGGACACCCCGCUCACCUCCAUCACCUACGAGUUCAAGGCCGAGGCCGUCCUCCCCAAGAGCGGCUCUUCUCAGGCCAACCACCCCAUCAAGUUCGAGCAGAACUUUGACGUCAAGCGCUCCCUCACCCAGCCCGAGUUCCCCCACCACUCCGUCCGCGUCUUCCCCCCGACCAACAUCAAGGCCAGCGCCCACUACAACCAGGUCAUCCACCCCGCCGGCACCCACAACGUCUCCUUCCGCCUCGACGGCCUCACCACCGCCAACCAGACCAACAAGACGGUCGAGUUCUGGAAGCUCAAGAAGGUCACCUGGAAGCUCGAGGAGACCAUCAAGACCGUCGCGCCCGCCUGCGACAAGCACACCCCCGCCGGCACCGCCACCACGCCGCCGACGCAGCAGAAGGGCGCGCCCCGCACCGAGACCCGCGUCCUCGGCGAGAAGUACAUGCACGACGGCUGGAAGAGCGACUACACCUCGACCGACGGCCACGUCGAGUUCGAGUUCGACUACGGCGUCAUCGCCGGCAGCAGCAGCAAGCACUCCCACGGCCCGCGCUACGCGUGCGACGCAAAGUCCCACGACGGCACCGAGGUCUCGCACGCCCUCAUGAUCGAGAUGGUCGUCUCCAAGGAGUGGGCGCCCAUCGGCAAGCCGCACCUCGCGACGCAGACCGGCACCGGCCGCAUCCUGCGCAUGCACUACCACGUCAUGCUCACCGAGUGCCCCGGCCUCGGCGUGAGCUGGGACAACGAGGCGCCGCCCGUCUACCAGGACGUGCCGCCCUCGCCGCCCGCGUACCCCGAGGAGCUGCAGCGGCAGCUGGGCCACGGCGGCGCGGAGGUCCCGCCCGUGGAGUACGAGAGCCUCGAGUCUCUGGACGGGCAGACGCACAGCACCGAGGGGUCCGUCAACGGAUCUACAUCAUGA